AGUUGACAUGGGUCAACCGGAUCAUCACGUCUACCACAGAACAGGAUAAUCCUUGUUUACAGAGCCGGUUGUUAAUUAUGGUAAACAGCAGGCAAGCGAAGUGAAGUGUCAAUUAUUUACUCUGAGUAUAAUCCAGGAAAUGCCCCUUGACUGUACAAAUAUCACCAAACGGUAAGCACACAUUGAUUCUGGACGGUUUGCUCAUGGAAAACACCUUUGGUUAAACCACAAACUAUGAAUGGGCAAAAGCAUCUGCUGAAAAGCAGUUACAUCCACGGAAAGCAGUUACAUGUGUUCAACAAGUGAUACAGGGACUGGACUACAAACUGUCAGAGUGUCUUAACAGGCAAGACCGACAUCUAAAGUUACAAAUAAAACAUUUAAAAUCUACAGCUACACCUGACUACUCUUGGGCAGGAAACCUGGGAGCAGGUGGAAGGACCAUUAGCACCUCUUAUCAAGACGGUCUCCCUAGUCAUACCACUACUACAUAUACAAGUAUUGAGGAUAAACCUGGCAACCAUCAACAGGCAAACUCACAAAAGUCAUGGGGAUGUGGAACUCUCGAAAAGGACAAAAUAGAUGUGGAUUAAUGAAGGAGCUAACACAGAUUAAAAAUGGUGUUUUGUAUCUUUGGAUUGCUUUGGCUACAAUUGUCCUAAUAUGGAUGGCAGUGUCUUACCAUUCAGUUGCAGGGACAAAACUUGACAGUCUUUUGGCAGGAGAGACAAAGCGGGGAGUGGAGACAAUACAGACAAGAAGCAUGACGAAACCUCUCAAUUUCAAGUGUGGCAUAAAAGCGUGCCCUGAUGACCACUUCACCUUUCAUUUAAAAAGUGGGGUUGCGAAUAUACUCGGGCCAAGAAUUUGCUUUGAGGGCGAAACGCUAGUGAGUGGUGUUAAGAAUAACAUUGUGGUAGGACUUAACAUAGCCUUGUUGAGAGGUGACACUGGGGAGAUUGUAAAAACAGCCGCAUUUGACAUGUACGCUGGAAAGGUGGAGCCUGUGGUAGAAUUCCUGAAAGCAAUUAAGCCAAACACUAUUGUUCUGGUGGCCUCUUAUGACGAACCUGCUUGGAUUAUGACAAGUGAAAUUCGUGAGCUGUUUUCUAAUCUGGGAAGUUCCGAGAUUCUAACACUCGCUUCAAGAGAUAGCUGGGUAUUUGCAGGAGUGAGUGGAAUAAUUGGGAAAAGUCCUUAUGAGCGGGUCAUAAAGAAUGAUGUAAACACAAACAUGUAUGCCGGGUGGCCUGGGACGGUGGCUCUUGGGGGCUGCUUUCCAAAAACCACUCACCAAAAUGACAUGAACCAAGAGCAUCAUUUGAAGCAACAAAUGUCAAACUCCAGCAAAGCUCAUUCAAGUUAAACUGUUUUCCCUCAACUUAUGGAUGACCAUAACAUCAAAGAGAUAUUAUGUUGUUGACAUUAUGUGCGUUGCACUACUAUUAAUCUACUAGGAUAUCAUUGUGGAGUUAAAUUUCUCCCAUAUGACUUUUUUUAUGCUGGUCUGAACAAAUAACAUUUAGACUGUGCCAGAAAUUGUAUUUACUAGUGCUUGUAUAAAUUCCUUGUAUUAAACUAACAUACCAAAAAGAAAACAA